CAACUGACGCUCUGCAAUUUUAACCAGCAAAGCGAUUUGAGUUCAACUGUCAACUCUCUCUCUCUCUCUCUCCAAUGGAGGAUGACACCGAGGAGGUUUCAGAAGUCGGUCCUCCUAAACAGCUCCCACCUCCUUUCCUGGAGGUGGCGUGCAAGAGCUCCGGCAAGCGGAGGAGGUUCGCGGCCGGCACGGAGGCCGGAUUCGCCGUGCGGGUGAUGAACAAGAAGCUGGAGGGCGGGUCUCCGUUUGCUCUGCACAUUGAGGCGGUCAAAGCAGGAGAGGAAGGCGUGACUUUCGGCCCUAAUUCGGCUCUCGUGGACUAUGGGUCUGGAUGGAGGCUGCAGACGGUCACUGAAGUGGAUUAUGCGGGCGAGGAUAAAGGUGAAGCAUUUCGGAUGGCACGGGCGCCUUUCCGGAAUGCCAACGGCUCGAGUGUUGUGAUGGAUGUAGGAAAACCAGUCAGUUUGGUGUACAUUGGGAAAAUAUUAGUUGCAUUUGUUCUAAUAUUUGUUCUUGGUGCGAUUUUCACUCUGGCUCUUGAGUAUCUUCCCAUGUUAAUUUUGUCCAUCAACUCACUCAUGUAAAGAUCUACGAUCCAAGUCGAAUGGAAUCGAGUGUUCAUUUCUUCAGGUUAUUUGGACAAUGCACAUUUCCUUGUCACAAACAUAUAUAUUCAUUGCCAAGGUCAGCACAUACAUGUAAGGCGGCUGUUGUGUACAAUGCAGUCUGAGCAAUAACAGUCGGGCAUUGUCAGUCAGUUUAUGCCUCUUAUGAAACA